AUGGCUGGUAUGCACUUUCUUGUGGGUAUCUCUACCGAGAACUACGUGAUUUUGGCUGCCGAUAAGGCCACUUUCGCCUACGGAGCUAUUCUCGCAGACAGCGAAAAUGAUAAGGAGUACAGACUCGGCAAGAAGCUGACAAUGAUGUGCAUUGGAGAAGAGGGAGACGUUGCUCAAUUCGGAGAUUGGACUAAGAGAAAUCUUCAACUCUACUCUGUUAGAAAUGCGAGUGCUCAUCACUUCGUUCGUCGCAGUAUUGCCGAAGGUCUUCGCUCACAAGAUCACUACACCGUAGAUGUCCUCAUUGGAGGUUAUGACGACAAGGAAGAAAAAGCCUUCCUUGGCUCCGUUGAUUAUCUCGCCAACGGACUCGCUCAGCAGCCAUACUUGUUUCGAGGAUUCUGUGGACGAUUCUGCUACGCUAUCAUGGACCACGAAUACAAAAAAGACAUGUCCGAGACUGAAGGACUCGCAUUGAUGAACAAGUGCAUCGGAGAGGCCAAGAGACGUUUUGUGGCCAACAUUCCUGGAUAUAAAGUCGUCAUCAUUGACAAGAACGGAUACCGCAAGCUGAAUGAUGUUCUCUUCUAA